AUGCUGGGGAGGAGGUCCCCCGCCUGCCGCCUGUGUGUUAAUUGAGCGUGGGGCAGUGUGAGGUAUGCCGGUCACAUGACGGCGCUGCGGGGCAGGAGACGCCCUGCUGCCUCCUCCAGAGACCUUCUGUCCCCCAAAGCCCAACAAUCUGCUGGUAAGACUUUUUGUCUUGAAACUAAAGAUUCAACUUUAGUUUUGUGAUAUUUAACCAUUUUAUUUAUGAACUUAACAAUUUUUAACUCUUUUUGUUGAACAUGUCACCGUUUUGUGUCAAUUCUAUUUUUCACUUUCACAACAUUAUCAAACAGAUUUGUUUUGUUUCUUGAAACGUUAACACCUUAUUUAUUGUCAACAUUGUAACCGUUUUUGUUCAAUAUGGUUUUAUUUGCUACGUUUUUUUUGUCCAUUUAAUACAUACCGAUUUGUUUUAUUAUUGCAAUUUCCUUCUUUAGAUUGAAAUAUGAAUCAAUUUAAAACCUAAAAUGAAAAGGACUUUAAUAUUCAACUGUUUUAGUUUUCUCCCGAUGUUGUGAGUUCUGCUCCCUUGGAUUAUGUCUCCGAGGAGGAUGGAAACCAAGCCGGUGAUCUUCUGUCUAAAGACGCUGCUGCUGCUCUACUGCCUCGUCUUCUGGGUCAGGACACGCUUUGUUUACUCUGCUUACUUUGUUUACUUACAUUUGAGUCUGAUAUCAUAGAAAUACAUUUAUUUAGUCGCUGAUGGACAGUUUACUGCUUCAUAAUUCCAAAUGUUAGGUCAGAGGUCACCCAUAGAACAGAGGUCGCCUCCUGGAUGUCUCUUCUUUACGUCUCGGUGUCACUUUGUCGCUCUGCUGUCAGAGACACGGUCAUGUGACGUUAGACCCCUCCCCCCUCAGGUGACAGGUGUGGUGCUGCUGUCUGUGGGUCUGUGGUGGAGGUUCAUGUUGGGCCCCUACACCUCUCUGAUCUCCAGCGGGUCCUCCAAUGCGCCCUAUGUCCUCACGGCCACCGGGGGCGCCAUCGUGCUGUUUGGGCUCUUUGGCUGCUUCGCCACUUGCAGGGGGGGGGCCUGCAUGCUCCGACUGUAUGCAGUGUUUCUGUCUCUGGUCUUCACGACUGAACUCAUCGCCGGAAUAUCAGGAUUUGUCUUUCGUCACGAGAUCAAAGGGACGUUCCUGACGACCUUCAGCGACGCUGUGAGGAGAUACGAUGGACGAGACGACCGGAGUUUGGCUGUGGACGGAGUCCAACGAAGGUUGCUCUGCUGUGGCGUCAACAACUACACCAGCUGGCUGGGAUCGCUGUAUUUCCCCGCGGGGGGGGUUCCUGCCAGCUGCUGCGUCAGCUUCGCCGACUGCGGCGCCACCGACCUGAAGGACGCCGCGCUGGCCUCCCACAAGGUGCACAAGCAGGGUUGUUAUGAGUUAGUGACGUCCUUCCUCGAGGGAAACAUGGGAAUAAUUGCUGGAGUGACGUUUGGCGUUGCCUUCUCUCAGCUGAUAGGAAUGUCUCUGGCCUGCUGCCUGUCUCGCCUCAUCCACGCCAACCAGUACGAGAUGGUGUGACAGAAAAAAGUCGAGGUAGGAGUUCCCUCAUGAAGCUUCACCAACAAACAAGAUCAAUAAUUGAUAAUCAAUGACUUCUCGUACACUUAACUAAACUCUGUGACAUGUUUGAAAACUAUGAGAUAAGAUUGUUCAGUCCACUGCACAGCAGUAUUAGUACACCUAAGGAAACCAUAGUACACAUAAAGACAAGUAGUACACAUUAAUUUCUGUACGGAUCAUCAUGAUGAUGAAGAUACUUUAAUCGAAUAAGGUUAAGUUGUGUGUUUUGCUGUAAAAUUUGUGGUGAGAAAUAAAGCUCUUUCCUCAUAAA